GAGCUCUGUCUGCGCUCACCUGAGAGACCCGUUUCCAUCCAAUGGCACGCGCGUGCACCACGGAGAAACGACCCGCAGCGUUUGCGGAGAGAACGACAACAAACCCUUUAAACUGCUGUGACCCAUUCAGAGCCUGAGUCACCCUAGCACACAUUCCCUGAGUGAAUACGAGGUUCCGGAGAGAGAGGGAGGAAGAGCGGACAACUUUUGAGAGAAAGCGCGCAGAGAUUCACCGUCGCAUCCCAUCCCGAGACUGUUGGCAUCCGAGAGAAACUGCGCGCGCCUUGAGUAACAAGGACCGUUAAAAGAUGUGAUUAUUUCCUUUUUCUGUCUCCGACAGGUGUCUUUAUUUUACAGAGGAACAAAGAUGACAAUUCACUAUUCUGAAGCUGCUUCCAUCCUAAUCAUCCUUCAGUCGCUGUGGUGGGGCUUGAAUUGUCAAUGUGAGGAACCAAUAGAAAGCUCCAAACUCGACCUCUCAGUGACCUAUGACCUCCCUUACUUUGUGUCUGACACCCCCAUUCAGAAGCUGUUGGAAAUCAAUGGAACAGUGUAUGUCGGUGCCGUCAAUAGACUUUACGCUCUGUCGAAAGACCUGAAGAAGAAACAUGAGUAUAAGACUGGACCGGUCCAUGAGGGUCCAGACUGCAAGACCCCAACAGAUCAAUGCAGUGGUUGUGAAAACAAGCCCCGUAACAUAAACAACACCAAUAUGGCCCUGUUAAUGGAGACGUUCUAUGACCUGGAACUUUUCAGCUGUGGCUCAGUCGGGAAUGGCGUCUGCAGUCGUCAUGUGUUAGAGGAUGGGCCUCUGGGUGCGGAAGUAACUUGCAUGUACACCAAAAAGAAUGAAGGCAGCAGCCAUGGAUGCCCAGACUGCCUGGCUGGACCUGCGGGCACUCAGAUCCUCAACAUAAUGAGCGGUCGUGUUGUGAGGUUCUUCGUUGCGAACUCUGAACCUCUUGAGUCAAACGGUCCACGUCUCCACCACACUAUUUCCAUUAGGAAGAUGCGUGAAACUCAAGAUGGCUUUGAGUUCUUUUCCGAUCAGUCCUACAUGGAUUUGGCCCCUUCACUGCGGGGGAACUAUCCACUACAUUAUGUCUACUCUUUCCAGAGUGGUCCUUAUGUAUAUUUUCUCACCGUCCAACGCGAAGGUGGCAACUCGAAAGCUUUCCACACGAGAAUCGUACGCAUGUGUUCUUCAGAUUCUGAGAUCCUGCGUUAUGUAGAAAUGCCCUUUGAGUGCAUUUACUCUGAGCGAAGGAGAAAAAAGCGUUCGGCUCAAGUGGUUUUCAACGUUCUCCAGGCUGCUCAUGUGGCCAAAGUUGGCUAUGACUUUCAGCAGGAGAUGGGCUUGAAAGAAGGAGAGGACGUGCUGUUUGCUGCCUUUGCCCGGAGCAAACCGGACUCACCAGAGCCCACCGCCAGCUCCGCCGUUUGCCUUAUCUCCAUCACGGACAUCAAUGAAUUCUUCAAGGUUUUCAUUCAGAAGGGUUACACAAGGAAACUCCAUCACUUUCCAGGAUCUGAAGAGAAAACCUUCAACCAGACGUUUGUAGGAGAUUCCUUCAGCUGUGGGAAACAUGAAAGAGGCUAUCGGCUAGAAGUUACAAGCACCAACCCGCGCCGGGACUAUUUUCAUGGCCGCUUCCGGAAUGUUCUUCUCACUUCCAUAGCUGUGGUGCCGAUCCAAAACCACACUGUGGUCAGCCUUGGCACAGCUGAAGGCCGCGUCAUCCAGGUGGUGGUUUCCCGCUUUGGCAAGACAGAGCCACAUGUGGACUUCCGCUUGGACACGCUCCCUGUGUCUUCAGAAAUGGCCCUGCUGUCUCCACAGCAUCACAACGGCUCCUUAUUGUUGAUAACAGGAAACAAGGUCUCAAAGCUUCCUGUGAUCGGGCCUGGAUGUGAGCAGUUGUGGACUUGUAGCUCGUGUCUUCUUGCUCCGGGCUUCAUGGGCUGUGGAUGGUGCAGGACCAGCAACCUGUGCACCAGGGCCCCUCGAUGCCCCCAGUCCCAAUGGAUCCAGGACUCCUGCCCCCUCCUCAUCACCUCGAUCUCUCCUUCCUCCGCUCCACUCAGAGGUCAAACCAACAUCACAAUCUGUGGCAAAAACUUUGGCUUUAACAAAAAAGACAGAUUUGAUACCAAACUGAUAGACGUGGUGGUUGCUGGAACGAAGUGUAAAUUGGAAAGGAAGGACAGUAACAAUAAUCGGUUGGUCUGUGGACUGGAUCAUGUGAACUGGUCCAGCGUGGACUCUGUGGUCACAGUGCGCAGUGGCAAGGAACAGGCCCAGAAAGAUGGCUUCUCAUUUGUGAAUCCAGUUAUCAUAGAGAUCUUCCCAGAGUUUGGACCUCAGUCUGGUGGGACAAUGCUCACUAUCAGCGGUUCAUUCUUGGACAGUGGAAAUGUGCAAACAGUCACAGUGGGGAACGCUACCUGUGUGCUGCAGAGUGUUUCAGCCACAAUGUUAACAUGUCGUACACCACCUCAGCCCUCGCCAUCCCAACACAAGGUACAGCUGCACAUUGAUGGAGUAAUAUUUGAAGCGCCUGUCAGCUACACCUACAACAAGAACCCACACAUCUCCAGCGUCCAGCCCAAACAUUCUUUCAUCAGUGGAGGAAGCACGGUGACAGUGAAUGGCUUCUACCUGCACUCAGCUCUUCAGCCUCAGAUGGUUCUCACUGCUGCCACUGAGGGCAAACUCUUCCAAGUGACCUGCAGUCAUGAUGAGGAUAAGAGAAAUAUCCUUUGCAUCACGCCCUCCCUGAAAGGCCUCAGCGUUCAGCCUCCGGUCGCCACUAAAAUGACCUUCGUCCUGGAUGGUUUUUCCACUGAUCAGUACGACCUGCUGUACGUGGAAGAUCCCAAAUUUGAGGAGUUUCAGAAGCCCACUGUCACACCAAGGGGCAAAAAGAACAUUCUGGAGAUUAAGGUCCCCCCUGUGAAUCAAGAGGCGGUGAAAAACGGUGAGGUGCUGAGAGUUUCAAAUCGGACCUGCGAGAGUGUCACUUUGGUGGGCAACACGCUCGAAUGCACCGUACCCAUGGAGCUCCAGACCGCCGCCAAAGAGCUGGAGGUGGAGUGGAAGCAGGCCACAUCAUCUGUGAUCUUGGGCCGUGUGAUUUUGGCUCAAGACCAGGAUUACAGGAUACUGAUCACUGGAGGAGUGUGUGUGUCCAUCCUCCUCCUGCUCCUGAUCGCUGUGUUUGUUUGGAUCAAGAGAAAGAAGCACAUUAAUGAUUUAGCUAAGACUAUGGUUUGGUAUGACGGCCGGGCUCACAUUCCGCACUUGGACAUGUUGGCAAACGCGAGGAGUGUCAGUCCCACUAAUGAAAUGGUCUCUCACGAGUCGGUGGACUAUAGAACCACUUUGCUUGAGGACCAAAACUUGCCUCUGUCUCAGACAGAGUCCUGCCGGCCUCAUCUCUACGCUCAUUCCCAUGUGGAUCUGUCCCCAAUGCUCGGGCCAAUGGAAGGGGACCUGGCGUCUCCGCUGCUGCCCUCUACAGCGCCUAUAGAUCUAGGCAGCCUCCAUCCUGAGCUGCUGAAGGAGGUCCAGCAUGUGGUCAUCGCAAGAGAAGAUCUGCUCUUACAUGUCAAUGAGAUCAUCGGGAGAGGGCACUUCGGCUGCGUGUUUCAUGGAACCCUCCUCGAGCCAGAUGGCCAGAAGCAGCACUGCGCCAUCAAGUCCUUAAACCGAAUCACAGAUAUCGAGGAGGUGUCUCAGUUUCUGAAGGAGGGCAUCAUCAUGAAGGAUUUCAGCCAUCCCAAUGUGCUUUCUCUGCUGGGAAUCUGCCUGCCCAGCGAGGGUUCGCCUCUCGUCGUGUUGCCUUACAUGAAGCACGGAGAUCUGCGCAACUUUAUCAGAGAUGAAAGUCAUAACCCCACAGUGAAGGACCUGAUGGGUUUCGGGCUGCAGGUGGCUAAAGGAAUGGAGUAUCUCGCCAGCAAGAAAUUUGUUCACCGAGACCUCGCGGCCAGAAACUGCAUGCUGGAUGAGAGCUACACAGUGAAGGUGGCAGAUUUUGGCCUGGCCAGAGACGUGUAUGAUAAAGAAUACUACAGCGUACACAACAAGCACGGAGUGAAGCUGCCUGUCAAAUGGAUGGCGUUAGAAAGCCUGCAGACACACAAGUUCACAACCAAAUCGGAUGUGUGGUCGUUUGGUGUUUUGCUGUGGGAACUGAUGACCCGAGGUGCUCCGCCAUACUCUGAUGUGAACUCCUUCGACAUUACAGUGUUUCUUCUGCAAGGCCGGAGACUGUUACAACCAGAGUUCUGCCCGGAUGCACUCUAUAAUGUCAUGAUUGAGUGCUGGCACCCCAAACCCGAGCGUCGACCAACUUUCUCAGAACUAGUGUCUCGCAUCUCCGCCAUCUUCUCAAGCUUCAGCGGAGAGCACUACAUCCUCCUGAACACCACCUACGUCAACAUCGACAAAAUGACACCCUACCCCUCUCUCAUAUCAUCUCAGAGCAACCUCGACCGCGACUGCUGCACCUGAGACACCAAAAAAAAAAAAAAAAAAGAGACCAUGAAAGACUCUGGACAGGCUUUCAUCAUUGAGGCAGGGGGGAGGAAAAGAGUGGCCCAAGGACACUGUGAAAGACUUAAAAGGCCCGAACACUCCCUUCAUCAUCGCUGUAAAUAGAUUAUGAUGAUCCGUGACCUGUGGAGGAGCUUGAGAUGGUCCUGUUCUCCUGGGACGGAGAGCCAAAGACUAACGGCCUCCUAUUCGAUGUGAGCGUCUGAUCCAAUUUUGCUCUAAGCGUGUUCUCUGGCGAUAACUGAAAGUGCGAUUUUAUUUUCUGUGAAAAGUGUCGUAAAUUGUUGUGCAUGCCUUCGUACCAUGAACUGAACGCUGCAUAAUGAGGAGAUCAGGAGAACACCGGACACAUAUUUUUGUUGUUGUUUUUUAUCCAGGCCGAUAUGAAUGAAAUGGUUUUGUUUACUGUGUUCAGAUAAAUCUUAUCUGUUCGACAUUUGGAUCUUACUGCCGUAGUAGUUCUAUAUUUUUAUAUAUAUAAUCUGUUUAAGUUUAGUGUCAAAGCAAACAUUAAAGGCCUGCAUGGAAUAUGCACAGGUUUUUUUUUUACACUGAUUGGGUCAUGAAAUCUGUAAAAUGAAUUUGAGGUAUGGUUUAAGUAAAGUAAAAUGUAAAAUGUUUGUUAAUUUUUUUUUCUGUAAUGGUCUGAUAAUAUUUCUUCCAAAUUUCAAGUUCAAAUAUGGUCAUUUAGGGCAUUUUUUGUCUCGGAAAAGGAUGUUAGGUCACAAUUCCAAAUGUUUUCAUUUAGCGAUUGAACAUCAGGGUCAUCCCUUCAAAUAGUACUUCGUUGAAUGAAAAUUUUUGAAUUGGGUAAGCUAAAUUGUCCUUAUGUAUGUUUAAUAAUGAAUAAUAAAAGAACUAAUAAGAUUAAUAAAGGAAAAGCAAAUCAAUGAAUGACUGAAAAGAUCAAGAUGUCCUCGCUGCUGUCUGUAAUCACGAUGACAUACUGGACCAGGUUCAAUUUGUAGUGGACAUUGUACCGUCUACAAAGGUAACAUCCAUAGUACUGUAACUGUUGGGGUAGGGGGAGUUGUGUGCGAUCCCUCAUCACAAAGUGGAACUGGUCCAGUAUGUCAUCAAGCUGUGGGCUGCAGCGAGGACUGUCUUAAAAAGAUGGCACCUUUUGAGUUAUUUAAAGGUGCAUUAUGCAAGUUUUGAUCACUCUGUUGAUUCCUAAAGCACACUUGCAGCCAAUUGCCAGUAAGGGGCGUGUCUACAAAUGAUAGGGGAUAAUAAAAAGGGGUGUGGUCUUGAUAGUUUAUGGGCAUUUUUGUGUUAGUGCUUUCAAAUUUCAACAUUGUUUGGUAACAUUCACAGGGGCUGUAUCCGAAAUCACCCUCUAUACCCUCAUUUACUAUUUCCUACAUGCGUCCACUAAUAUAGUCUACUUAAUGAAGUGAAUGAAAAUAAGUGAUUGAAUUUGUUGCAUGCUGUGCACUCACAGUUGAAAAAAGUCAUCUCUGAGCGGAUAAAACGUGUUACGUCAGUUGCGUCUUUUUCAUUCUCUAAUCAAAUGAAAGCAGAGGCAGGGUUUCCGUUAAGGUGACUGCAGUGUUUGUGUUGUUACGACAACUACAGAGACUUUUAAGGGUGGAGGAAACACUAGUGGUUGCUGUUUUGAGUUAUUCGGAGCUGUAUGACUUCGCAAAUCUUGAAUAUCACAAUAUUAUUUAAUAUUACAAUUAUAACGAUAUCAACAGCAACACUCGCGUACAAUACGCAGCUGAUUCAGUUGUUGCUUAGUGACAAAAAAAGUGUGCCUUUUUUGUCAACAAAGAAGGCAGCGUGGUGCGGCUUGCGUUUUUGGAAUGUACAAGCACGUUUAGUGUGAUUGCCCCCAGUGGACGCCAUCUUGUGGUCAAACCUGGAAAUUCAUUCAAACUCUCACAAUGCAUUAUGGCUAUACUCUUGCCGUUGAAUAUACAUCGAUUAUGCAGUCCUUGUUGCAAUGCAUUGUGGGAUUUAAUAAGUGCACUUCAGAAUGUUCAUUAUGGUUUCAGUACAAAUGGCUGCUCCCUUAAAUAAAGUGCAAAGUGUAGGUAUAGUUAGCGAUUUCAGAUACAGCUAAUGAAAAAAGAAGAAUGCUCUAAAUUAGAAAAUUAUUUUAAACAUGGAAGAAAUGUUAUCAACAGUUUACAGACAUUAAAAUAAGCAAAACAGCAUCAUUAAUAAAAAAUAAAACAAAACAUUGUGAAGGUUGUGUGAGAUUUAGUGAAACCCAGACUCAUUCAAUGCAGGUCUUUGUGUUACUCUGUAGUGAAGAUGACUAUGAAUGUGACUUGCCAUAACGGACUACUGUAUGAUGUAAAUAAUGUGUCUCUCCGCCUUUAUUGUCUGACUUGCUGUGUGAUACAUGUAUAUAUCGCCUAUAAAAACAGUACAACAUAGACCAGAUGUGCUUUUCCAGUCAAAUGAGGUCAAUCAGCAUUUAGAUUUUUUUAUAAACAAGCAACAGUGAUCAUAAACCGGCUCAGUCUAAAUUCGUUUUAUAUAUAUGAUUAGGAUUAUACCAUUUGACUUUCUUUGAGCCUCACACACUCUUCAUGUUAUUUUUAUAUGAAGAUCCAACUCACAAAUGGUACAAAUGUCAAGAUUUCUGUUGUCCCAGUCAUGAUAAUAAAGUUUUAUUACGUGUGUGUA